AGGCCAGGCACCCACCACCACCACCUCGCGCUCAGUCUCUGCAGAUCACUCUGCACAAGAUCGCAUCUCUAGCGCGCAGAGUGCACUGCACUUACUGUGGUCUGGCCUCCUCUUAAUAGUUCUCACCUGCACGCGUACCCUCUCUCUUCUCUUGGCAGCAGUUAAGCCUAGAGGGAUGGCGGACAAGGUCGUGGCCACCUACUACUACCCGCCGAUGGAGGUAGCCGCCGCCGAGCUCGGCCACACCGCCGGCUCCAAGCUCGACGACGAUGGCCGCAACAAGCGCACCGGCACGAUGUGGACGGCGAGCUCGCACAUCAUCACGGCGGUGAUCGGCUCCGGGGUGCUGUCGCUGGGCUGGGCCAUCGCGCAGCUCGGCUGGGUGGCUGGCCCCGCUGUCAUGCUCCUCUUCUCCCUCGUCACCUACUUCACCUCCUCGCUGCUCGCCGACUGCUACCGAUCCGGCAACCAGAGCACCGGCAAGCGCAACUACACCUACAUGGACGCCGUCAACGCCAACCUCAGCGGCGUCAAGGUCCAGAUCUGCGGGAUGCUGCAGUACGCCAACAUCGUCGGGGUGGCCAUCGGCUACACCAUCGCCGCCUCCAUCAGCAUGCUGGCCAUCAAGAGGGCAAACUGCUUCCACGGCAACGGCCACGCCGACCCCUGCAAGGUCUCCAGCGUGCCCUACAUGAUCAUCUUUGGCGUGGCCCAGGUCUUCUUCUCCCAGAUCCCCGACUUCGACCAGAUCUCCUGGCUCUCCAUGCUCGCCGCCGCCAUGUCCUUCACCUACUCCUCCAUCGGCCUCGGCCUCGGCAUCGUCCAAGUCAUAGCAAACGGAGGCGUGAAGGGUAGCCUGACUGGCAUCAGCAUCGGCACGGUGACGCCGAUGCAGAAGGUGUGGCGCAGCACGCAGGCGUUCGGAGACAUCGCAUUCGCCUACUCCUACUCCCUCAUCCUCAUCGAGAUCCAGGAUACGAUCCGGGCGCCGCCGCCGUCAGAGUCCACGGUCAUGAAGCGCGCCACCAUGGUCAGCGUCGCGGUGACCACGGUCUUCUACAUGCUCUGCGGCUGCAUGGGCUACGCGGCCUUCGGCGACGCAGCCCCGGGGAACCUCCUGACGGGGUUCGGCUUCUACGAGCCCUUCUGGCUCCUCGACGUGGCCAACGCCGCCAUCGUCGUCCACCUCGUCGGCGCGUACCAGGUGUACUGCCAGCCCCUGUUUGCCUUCGUCGAGAAAUGGGCGGCGAAGAGGUGGCCGGAGUCCACGUUCGUCACCGGUGAGGUCGAGGUCCCGCUCUUCAGGACGUACAAGGUGAACAUGUUCCGGGCGACGUGGCGGACGGCGUUCGUGGCGACGACGACGGUGGUGUCCAUGAUGCUGCCCUUCUUCAACGACGUGGUGGGGUUCUUGGGUGCGCUGGGGUUCUGGCCGCUCACCGUCUACUUUCCCGUGGAGAUGUACGUGGUGCAGAAGAAGGUGCCCAAGUGGAGCACGCAGUGGGUGUGCCUCCAGAUGCUCAGCGUCGGAUGCCUCGCCAUCUCCCUCGCCGCCGCCGCGGGGUCCAUCGCCGGCAUCAAGUCCGACCUCAAGGUGUACCACCCAUUCAAGACAUAAUUGACGUUUGACGAUCGUGCACUCACAAACAAUACAUCAAGGUGUAGGAUUCAAGGCAAAGAAGUUCUUGCCCUUCAAACAAUUCAAAGAAGAUACAUCGUGGAUGGAGUUGUACUACUUCAUGAAAUCAUGCAUGAGAUCCAUAGAAAAAAAUUAUUUGAUGUUU